AUGUGCUUGAUUACAGAGGUCUGUCCUGUGAUCACUGCGCACUCCAGACAGGAGAAGGUGCCGCGGCGAAGAGUAAUUUGGGAUUCAUCGUGGGGCCGGCGGGACCGGGAACCAACAGUCCCUAGCAACCAACGUGAUUUGCGCCACGCCGCGCGGGGUGGCUGCGUGGUAGUGGUGGUGGCUGGGGGCCAGAGAGCCCUUUGUGCACUUUGUAAUACUUGCAACCCAGAAGGUGGACGGCGUCUUGGCGGCCCCUCGCCUCCAUCCGCUUGCCCACCCUACCCCCGGGCCCGGGGGCGCCAGCUCCGGCCACUGGAGGACUUCCAACCCCAAGUACUCUGGCCAGCCCCCGGGAGGCCGGAAAAUGACCACCUGGCGGGCGUUUGGCGCUGCAGCCUCCAGGCGCCCGCAGGCCCCCGGACUCCACGCUGCGCCGCGCCCUCAAGGCGAGUGAGCCCGGGGCGCACGGCUCGGGGGGAGGGAAGAGGGGAGGGGGCGGGAAGGUUGGGAGGGCCCCGGGGGGAGGCGGUGCGGCCGCCUUCCCUGGGAGGAGAAGCGCGGGUUCCCGGCCCUCCGCACGCACUGCUCUCGGCAGAGCCUGGCAGCCUGGAGCGCAAGCGGCCAGCCGGGCCCGGAGAGAUGCGAGCGAGCCCCUGGGAGCGGCGGCGGCGGCGGGGCGGCGGCCGAGUGAGUGGGUCGGGCCGGGGGACCCCCAAACCCCGAGCCCCGGGAUGUGGUCGAGAGGACCCCGGCCUGGGAGGCGCGGCCUGGAGCGCGCUGAGCUAGGCGCGGGACGCUCGGGAGGACCGCCGGCUGCAGGCUGCCUGGGUAGUCGCCCAGGGCGCGACUCCGCCAGCCAGAGGCCGCGGCCGGAUUCUGGAGCGGCGCUCCGCACCGGCCUGGGUGACGGCGAGGAGGAGCGGUCCGGGGUCCCAGGCGUUGGGGGGCGGG